AAAGAGCUGCGCCGCGCGCGGCCGAGCUGUUGCGAGGGGCGCUCAGAUCUGGAGCCGCGCGCGCCCAGGAAAGCUGACGAUCACCUCCGAGGGCCGUGACGUCACGGAUCCGCAGCGAGAUGCUAAAAGGUGACAGCUGAGCGAGAGAAAAUGGGACGAUCCGAGACAUUUCCCUCGCGCUCCUAACUUCUUUUCCAGACCCUGAUGUUUUUAUUUUCCCCUCAUCGUCCGUUAACGACGGAUCCUCUUCCUUAUGGACGGUGAAACAUCGAUGUCGUGCCCGCCGCUUCGAAAUCUAGAGGAUUUUUUCUAACCACACCCGGCUCAUCCCUUGGAUCAAAGAUCGGCGGCGAAACCCCCCCAGGGUUUUCCAUCUGGUACCAAAUGUCCGGCCCGGUUUGAGGCUGAAGGGGAAGCAGUGAACACAGCGUCCCGGAGCCACCGGCGGGAUGAGCGGAGGGGUGGAGCCAGCCGACAUCCUAAGCGUGCUCUCCCUGGUUAAGGAGCGAUGGAAAGUGGUGAGGAAAAUAGGGGGCGGCGGGUUCGGGGAAAUCUACGAGGCCAUGGACCUCCUGACGCGGGCCAGCGUGGCGCUGAAGGUGGAGUCGGCCCAGCAGCCCAAACAGGUCCUGAAGAUGGAGGUGGCCGUUCUGAAGAAGCUCCAGGGUAAAGACCACAUAUGUCGCUUCGUGGGAUGCGGCCGCAACGACCGCUUUAACUACGUAGUGAUGGAGCUUCAGGGUCGAAACCUUGCGGACCUGAGGAGAAGCAUGCCACGAGGAACCUUCAGCAUCAGCACCACCCUCCGUUUGGGCCGCCAGAUCCUGGAGGCCAUCGAGAGCAUCCACUCCGUGGGCUUCCUGCAUCGGGACAUCAAGCCGUCCAACUUCGCCAUGGGCCGCUUCCCCAGCACCUGCCGGACCUGCUACAUGCUGGACUUUGGUUUAGCUCGCCAGUUCACUAAUUCAUGUCAGGAGGUCCGACCUCCCCGCCCAGUGGCCGGCUUCAGGGGGACGGUCCGCUACGCAUCAGUAAACGCGCACAAGAACAAGGAGAUGGGUCGCCAUGACGACCUGUGGUCACUCUUCUACAUGCUGGUGGAGUUCCUGGUGGGCCAGUUGCCAUGGAGAAAGAUCAAAGACAAAGAGCAGGUGGGGAAGCUGAAGGAGACCUACGACCAUUGCCUCAUGCUCAGACACCUGCCGGCAGAGUUUGGCGUCUUCCUGGAUCACAUUUCCAACCUUGAUUACUUCACUAAGCCCGACUACCAGCUGCUGAUGUCGGUGUUUGACAACAGCAUGAAAACCUACAACGUCGUGGAGAACGACCCGUACGACUGGGAACGGACCAGCACCGAUGGGACGGUCACCAUCAGCGCCAGUGCUACGACGCCGCAGCACCACACCCGCCUCACGCCGGCUCACAUGGGCAUGGCGAAUGCUUCUCUGAUCCCUGGCGACCUGAUGAGGGAGAACACAGACGAGGUCCUGCAGGACGAGCAGCUCAGCGACGCCGAGAACAACGCCGCUCCCGACCGCCUGCUGGCCUCUCCUCUGCAUCCACUCCGCAACCAGGAGGCCGACGUUUGGGAGGAGCUCGACCGCAACCGUAACCGCAUCAGGACGGCAGUCUGGAAGGGGGCGACUGAAGAGGAUCAAAGCAACAACCACGGCAAUGCCGGACCCCAGAGCCCCCACGGAGGCCCUCCUCUGGGCUCUCCGGUCAAACUCCCCUCUGAGGUAGGGGCUUCAGACCGGGAUGGCGCCCUUCUGAGGAAGCUCCGCAACAUCCACAGCUUUGACCUGGAGAGGAGGCUGGGCCUGGACUCCAAGUCCAGCCCGGAGCGUUUCCUGGACUCGUGCGUUCAGAAGCAGCAAAUGAGCAGCCAGAACCAGGAGAAGGAGGCUGCUGUGAUCCAGGUCACUCAGGGUCAGGUCCUAACUGCCGGGGAGUACCGUGACGGGGUUUGGCACUAUGAGGAGGAAUUCUUGCCCGGAGGGGGUUCUCCCAAACCGCCCUCCCCAGGAUCUUUGGAACAGGGAGAGGGGGCAGCCAGCAGUGGGGGCUUUGUGGCCCUGAACUUGAGCUCUGGGAGGCAAGACUCAAAGGAGUGGGUCAUGGUGGAGCGGCCCAGCGGCUCCCCGGGGGGAAAAGCUACGAGGAGCCCCUCGGAGGAGGACGAGGAGCCGGAAGUGCUUCAGCCGGAGGAGCAGUCCCCGGGCCGGGAAAAGGGCAGCCCGAGUCCCGGCUCCGGCAAAGCCAAACAGGAAAGUUCCUCCUCCUCGAAUCGGAAAAUGGACAAGCUGGAGCUCAGCGUGGGCCCCGUGGGAGCUCUGCCCCCCAUCACUCCAACCAGUCCAGCCGAAGCUCUGGCAGAGGGAGUCCUCACCCAGUUCCCCACCUCUCCUCCGUCCCUGCCGGAGGAGGUUCUGGUCCGGACCUCCAGCCCCACCCCUCUGCGCUCCCCCAGCCCUCACACCCUCCUCACCACCCUGUCGGACCCGCUGCAGCAGCGCCAGCCGGCAGGCUUGAGGCGCAGCCAGUCGGUGGACCAGCAGCAGGCGUCCUCCUCCGCCCUUCCUCAGCCGACAAGUCCCGCCCCCGGCGCCCGCUCGCCCAAUCGCAGGAAACUGCCGGCCAUCCCUCCCGGCGCCGCCAACACCAAGUUCCCCUCAGUCAUACGCAUCACCCGCGCCCAGCUCCAGCAGCUGACGGCUCAGCGUCCGUCCGGGCUGUCCUCUCCGUCAGGAUCAGACACAGCUCCUCAGUGUCUCCUCCUGGAGAGGCGCGGCGAGGCUGAAGCUCAGCAGCUCCACGAGCCGACCUCCCUCCACGACCCCGAACUCACCCGUCCGGGAACACCCACUGACCCCCCGGUCGUUGGAGCUCAAAGCCGUGUGUCCUCGCCCCGCUCGCCGUCCUCGCCUCGUUCGCCUCUCAGCCCCCUCCACGACCGCCUCUCCCCCUCCGCCACCCUUCAAAAGGCUUCCAGCAACGGCGCUUUGUCCAACCUGAAAGACCCCGCCGCCGACGCCCCUCCCAGCGCAACAGAGCCUCAGCUUAAAGAGGAAGAAGGCCCCAAACAGCCACUCGGCUCAGCUUCCCCCACCGCCGCCCCCCGAAAAGACCCCACCCGCAGGCAGAGCCGCAUCCCCGUGCUCGAGCCCUCCGCCGCGCCCCCCGGUUCCGCCAAGGAAAAGCUCCUGCAGAAAAAGGCCAGCCACCAGGGCCCGGCGCCCUCCCCGACCGCCUCGCCCUCGCUCUCCGACAAGCGGGGCGCCAUCAUGGGCACCCUCGCCCGAGACCCGCUGUCCUCCGCCUCCGACCGCUCUCAGGACGAGGACUCCCUUAUGGGCUCCCGCUCCGACCGCCAGGGGGACGACGCUCAGUCGCUGUCCUCCUCCUCCAGCCCCCUCUCCCGCAAGAGCAGGAUCCCCCGCCCCGUUCACGCCGCCUCUUCUGCCGAGCAGCUGGCCGCCCACUUUCUGCCGAGUCCACCCCCGGGGAGGCCACCAAGCCGUCCAGGAGCGGAGGGCAGGCUGAGGCGCUACCGCAUCCGGGUCGGCAGCACAGGUGACGCCGACAUCCUGUCGUGCCUGGCUCAGCUGAUGCACAGCUCCCGCGGCUCCCCGGUUCACCAGCGCUCCUCGUCGCAGCACGGCGGCUCCCGGAUGGGAAUCGGCAGCCUGACCGGCUCCCCGCACCACCACCACCACCACCGCAGCUCCAGUGGCUCCCCGCGCAGCUCCUCCUCCCUUCAGCGCUCCGUCAGCUCCUCGCCCUCCCGCCACGAGCACCGCGGCGGCGUGGGAGGCGCCUGCCUGGGCCGCAGCCACUCCCCACCAAGCUUUUCGGGAUCGCCGCCUCCCCGCCGCUUCUACCUUCACCACCAGGAGACAUGCUGCAGCCGGCAGGCGCGCGCCGCCGCCUUCCACCUGUCCAGGGGGAAAGCCGGCUGCAGCCGCGAGGGCAAGUGCUCCAGCAAGCUGAGCAGAUAGUCGACCAGAUUAAGUCUUAGAUUCACCGCGUCAUCUUUUAGGCUGUACCUAUGGAGGAAAAAUCCUUCUUUGUUCACAGAAUGAAUGAAUAUUGAAGCAGAGGAGCCCCUUUUACUUGAUAGGUAUGGAAGCAUUCACCUUUGACCUCUCCUGCAGCACAAUAAUAUAGUAACUUAUAUAUCCCCAGUAUUUAUGAUUGCACUGAUGGAACCUCUGAUCUGGAGGUAGCAUGCAGGGUAUAGCUGCUUAGCCUGAACUGUCACGCUCUAACUGAGGUUUUUAUUAGUGUUAUUAUUAUUAUUUAGAUGAUUGUAUUGCGACGCUUCCUGCUCCUUCACCCCAAUCUGUGACCAUAGAUGUGUCUCCCGCGCGACUUUUAUUCCGAGGGUUUGACCCCCUUUAAACAAUCAGCCGUGCGAAGCGCGUGAGGACACACGCCUUUCUGUGCCUACGGUGAUGCCGAGAGGGAGUCGCUACGUCACGCCGGCUCAGCGGAAGCCGUAAUCCUAACCAACAACGAGGUGUUCGUCUCUGCGUGUGCCUUGGGUAGUUUGAGGUUUGAGGAGAGGAGGAGCCAAAACCAGAUGUGUGCCAGCCGUUGUAAAAAUGUUUUUCCAAAGUAGCAGGACAGAUGUUUUGUAAGUUGAAGAUAAAAGUAGCUUUCGUGGUGAAAGAGAGCCGCUUUCACAAAGUCGUGACACAAACCUUUUCAUCUAUGAAAGUUUCAGAUCUUUAAAAAAACACUUUUUCAUGUUGCAGAAAUUACAGAUCAUGAAAAACAGCGUUCCAGAGGAUUCUUUUAGCUCAUUGAGGCUGUCCUACGAAACUCCUACAAAAAAAUGCUGUAAAUUAACCUCAACUUCCUGCUUCUGCGUCCUUUACAGAACAAGAGAGUAAAAACGGAUACAAACAAACUAACAAACUUCAGCAGCUUUCAUCUGCACUCACUCCUCUACAGUCUUGUUAUUUAAUUAGUUUUUUUUAAUCAUCUGUCUGACACACUAUACAAUUAGCAGAAAUGUUAAAAUAUUAGUAAAUGAGACCGUUCUUUAAAGUUCCACUCCGACCAUAAUUUUUUCUAUCCUAAAAUAAUUUCCAAUGAUCUUUUAAUUAUGAAGUUUUUAGCCAAAAUCAAUUGUUUUUUUAAGACAUAUUUUAUGGACAGCGGCAGUAGCUUAUUAGGAAUACAAAUCUGGGUUGUGGGCGGGACUGUUGACACAAAGCAACCCGCCCCCUUCCCUGUCGCUGAGAACACUGUUUAGCUUACACCCUCAAGCUAGCAUUAAAAUACUUAAUACUGGAUAAAUCCAGUUGUUUAGUUUCCAUUUCAGUUGUUGCAUCACUAGUUUGAGCAAUGAGCUAUGUAAGCUAGAGUCGCUACGCUAGCUUGUUGCGUACACAAAGUUGGACGCCAUGUUGGACAGGGCUAGAUGUCUGUUUACCUCUGUGCUACAAUUGGAAAAACAAAAAGUUUUACUAAUUAUUACUGUCAGCUGAUAAAGGGGAACUUCUAGAGAACAUUUUGGGAAGAUCUGAGUGAGUUUAUUCUCAAAAGUGAACGUUUAGGCUGAUCUAUUCAAAGUCAACGAUAGCUUUAGGCUUUGUGCUAUUUCCACGUUUUCUGGCAGAACAACCGGUCUUUUUUGUUUAUGGCGGACAACCCAUGGUAUUUGUAUUUGUGUUCGACCUCAGAUCAGACCAGACAAACUGCUGGUAAGCAGAUUAGUGAACGGAGAAAAGAAAACUAGCAAGGAUUCCCUCAGUAGCGAAGAGGGAAGAUCCCAGCACCAAAUCCCUAUAGAGGAGUCUAACAGUUUGUAUAAAUAUUAGUCUGUGUUUCGAUUUGAAUAAAAUCACAACCGUUAUCCUAUAUGAUAACAUAUUAAUUUAUACGUUUAAAAUCUGUUGGACUUUGUACAAAAACAUUAAUACCACCACAAUGGUCUAGUUUUUGGUGAUGAUCACAGUUUUUUUCCUUUUAAAAUCGGACCAAAAUUAAGCAUUUCAUGAUCAUUUUACUGUGUCUGCUAAGCCGUGUGUCAUUGUUUACAGAUCUUUCCAAUAUGGCGUCACUCUUUACGUAUCUAGGACAAUAGUAACAGGCUAGUGUAGCAUCUCUAGCUAUAGAACUCAUUGAGCAUUUUCAAGCAUCUGGUUUUCUGAUCCAACCCGAUUUAAAUUAAGAAAUGAAAAAGCAGUUUUCAUUGUAAGUUCUUAUAUAUAGGUCCUCUAUUACAAGAAAAUUGCUACGUGUUAAAAACACAAACAAAAAAAAACAAUUUUCAUUGGAGUGUUUCUUAAAAAAAAAAGUUGAAUUUUUCGACUUUGCUUUGUAGCCGAGGGUGGAGUCUGGCACUUUUCUCCAUCACUCAGUCUUCUCUAGAGUCUACCUGAACGCCAACCCUUUGACUUCCACGCAAAGAAAGUAACUGAAUCCGAGUGCAGUUCACCAAGUAACCACUAGGGGGCAAACAAAUCACUGUAGAAAUAGGAAUACUUGAAGCUACUAGCUUGAUUGAAAAUAUGUGGCCAUUGUGCUAGAGAUAUAUUUAUUUAACCAUUAAAUGCUAUUUAGUUCUCAUUUGGGUCCUGCAAAGGCAGUUUUAUUUUUCUCUGAAAUGUGAUCAAUUCUUGAGCAGACAUACUGGACCAAAACCAGGGUUGAUUUACUCCGCUAAAGGGACAGGGCGCGCAGAAAACAUCUGACUUCCACCCCUCACAGUUAUUGGCUGUGCCUUUUUGUUUAUUAUAGUUUGCAUGGAUUAAAGCUGGUUAAAAAUGAAGUGAGAUCUUCCACUCUGUCCCAGUUCCAUCAAAUCUGAGUAGUUUUUUAAUUCUUAGAUGUAAACGAGGCAACAGGGUUUUCAGAAAUGGCAACUCCUGACCUGAACAGGAGCGUGUUUUUGUUUUUUUUAGAUCCUGUUGGGUUUAUUCUAGUAAAAGCUAAUGGGAGCCUCAUAAUCACACAUAAAGGGAAUAAUAGAAUUUGCAGGGACGAGGUAAACUGUUUUCUUGAACUGGAAAAGCCUCACAGAGCAGCUACGAUGACUCAUCCUGAAGGCAGACAGUGUUCAGUCAGUCGGCUGCCUUAACGUCUUUUCUCUGCCCCUCUCUGCGUGCUGAGGGAUGACUGAGCCUUGUCUGUGCUGGAGAUCAUUCCACUGUUAGGCCGAGCUAAGCCUUCUGACUCCUGCGCGAGUGCGUCACUGUGGAGGGAAAACGAGAACGCGGCGGAGAAUUUCUUAUUUUAAUUUCAUUUCAGUGUUGUGUUUUGUCGUAUUAAAACCCUGUGCUUGCAAACAGGGCUGAGCUGAGGCGCACAGAUUUCAACGAAUCCUUUCAGAGUUCAGAACACUGUUCCUAUUAUCAUUUAUACCUGUAAAAUAUCUAAAAAAUACUAUUUAAAAAGUAUUGUAAAACCGUAGCUUAUACGCUAAAAGGCUUCAGAGAAAUGAAGGAACUGACACUAAACAUGGCUGCUGGUUUUUCAAGAUAAUCAGAUUUCUUUAUGUUUAUUAUCAUUAUUAUUAUUAUUAUUAUUGCACAUAGGUGGUGUGUAGUCUUAGUAUUUGUGCUACCUAUUAGAGUAAAUUUACUUUGUCCCUUUUCAAAGAUCAGAUAGAAAGCUGUCAUAUUUAUAGUAGCUUGUCGGCAGAGCCGACAGAACAAGCCAAGCUUUUAUUUUGAAAUGUUCGAUGGAAACUUAUAAAAGCUUUGAUGUCCACAUGUAUAUUUUUUUUCUUUUACGUCAUUAAAUGUGUUGCUCGUAAUUUAUUAUUAGGUCCUUUUCACAUCUUUUUUUUCAUUUUAAUUUUAACACUCAUUUUUUAAAGUUGAUAUUUUUAACUGUUUUGAAAAACAACUGUACAGUCUUGAGAAAGGAAUGUAACAAGUGGCAGUUUUGCAUUGUAUAUAUCUGUAAUUAUUUGCCUUUAUUUUAUCAUUUGUAUCAUAUCAAUGCCUUGUACAGCGUUUUUCCUUUCGUUUUGUUUUUAAAUUAUUUUGUAUUUUAUUUUUAUAAACUGGUUAUGAAUAAAUUUACUCAUUCCGCAUGCAGACAGAA